UUAAAGAGAAGAUCUGCAAUACAUGAAAAUAAAACAAAUAAAAACCAUGAAACUUUUGGACUGAUUACUCUAUGAACCAAAUCCAGUUUGAACUCCUUUUUUAAUUUAAAAUUGGACAAGAAAAAGUCCCAUUAAAUGACGUAACUUUGUUUCAUUUAUUAUUUACAGUUGAAUCAAAUUCUCAGGCAGCAGUUUAACCACAAAUCUAUUCCGUCCAACUUAUCUUACUCCUUGAUCCAAACCAACAAACUCAUCUUAUUAAUGAAUCCAACCCACUUAAUCCUUAGUUAUCCUACUUUUGUAUUCAAUCCGUCCUACUCAUCUUACUCCAAGAUUCAUCCCGGCCUACCAAUCUUAAUUAUAGAUCCUAUACCUACUCAUCUUUCUCUUAAAUCGAACCCACCCUACUCCUCUUACUCAUUUAUCCAAACCGUCCAACUCAUCUUACUUUUUUGUCCUUCCUGUCCUGCAUCUCUUACUCCCGGAUCAAUACCUGGAUCCUUGAUAUUCCAGAGUGAUGCUGUUCUUGCUCUAGGUUAAAACUGGACUACCACUAUAACUUUACUAACAGAUUCGUUUCGUUUAACUCAACUCACUUCUUAAAUCAUUCUGUCCUGCAGACUACUUUUCUUACACCAGGAUAUAUAUUGUCCUACUUAUCUACUUCGUAGAUCUGCCACGUUUAUGCUUUUCUUAAUCCAUGUUCUAAUUGGACCGCAGUUUUGGUUUGGUUAAUCUGAAAUUGACUACAUAGACAUAUAUCAAGCCUAUUUACUAUUCUGCCACCUUGAGCUAAGCUUUUGCUGUGUACUGCAGUGAUUUGCAGUACACUGACCGUUGGGGUUUAGUGGACAGUGGCAGUGCUGCGGUCUUUUAUCCUAAAUAUUACCAAACUUCUACUUAACACACCCUAGACUAAAAAAUGCCUGUCACCUGUUAUAUUUGCGGGAGAGAUUUUGGAACCCGGAGUAUAAAAAUCCAUAUUCCGUCCUGCCAGAAGAAAUGGGAUAUUGAACAAGACAAACUUCCAAAAUCUCAGAGAAGAGAAUGUCCAAAAGCUCCGGAAGAAUUUGAGAAGGUUCUCUCCGGUGAGCUGAAAGGAAAAGCUCUGCAACGGAUGAACCAACAAGCUUUCGAGGAUUAUAACGAUCAAGCACUGCAACCUUGUGAAAACUGUUCAAGAACGUUUCUGCCUAAAUCCUUGAAUUCUCAUCAGAAAAUGUGUACACCAGACAAUCCGAUGACUAAACAACCCAAGGAAAAAUCAUACACGGGACAGGCUAAAUCCCGGGUUAAAUACCCCUCACUUAAACCAAAGGCUAAGCAAACGACAAAUCAGAAAACUAAAGGUAUACUAUAUAUAAAGUUGUAAUCUCUGUUUAAAGGGACCGUUCACUUAUUUGGGUAAUUUCAGGGUAAA